AUGUUUAUAUUAAAUUUCUUAGUAUUUACUAAUUUAUUUUUAUUACCUAUUUUUUUUCAUCCAUUUAAUAUUUGUCGACAUUUAAUUCAUAUUGGUCAUGAACCAUUUCAUCCAGAAUCUUUACAAAGUCAUUCUUAUGAAUUAUCCCUAUAUAAUAUGAUGGAACAUCGAAAAUCUUAUAUAUCUAUUUAUAGAUUAAUCGUAACACAUGAAAAUAUUCUUCAACGAUUAUAUAAUUAUUUAUUUAAAACAAAACCUAAAUUAUAUUUUUAUCCAAAUUUAAUAAAAUAUACUUUAAUGUAUCUAUCCAAUUAUGAUCGAUCACCAUUUAUUAACUCAUUUUUUAUGAUGUAUAUUUCUUAUUUUUUAUUAACGUAUUUUUCAUCACUUGUUCAUGUUUAUCGUAUAUCAUUGAAAAGAAAAGAAGAAAAAACAUUAGAAAAUAUUCGUUAUCAUGCUAAACAAUUAAUAGAAUCAUCAUAUAUAAAAUGGAUUAUUCAUGCAUUAUUUUGGAAAUUUCUUGGAGUUAUUAUUUCACAUAUUUUUUAUAUUAUGGCUGUUAAAAUUCUUAUGCAACGAUUAUUUAUUUCCUAUGAGUAUUUUCAUCUUAAUCAAGAUAAAAUUUAUAGUUCAUGGAAUGUUCAAAAAAAUAUUAAAUUAAUAUAUAAAUAUGAAGGAUGGCAUGUUUUCUUCAGUGGAAUUCUAUCACGAAUGAUUUAUGAAUUAGGUAUUACUUUAAUACCUCGUUUAAUCUGGUGGCCAUUUCGUUCGUUAUUCAUUCGUUCGACUAUAAAAUCUUAUUUUUAUGCAUCAUCAAUUGAACUGUAUUUUCUUCAAUGUAUAUGUGAAAAUAUUCUUCGAUGUUUUUCUAUCUAUCUUCAAAUAUUUGCUCG